AAAGAAAGAAAACAGGGUUGUUGCCUAGGUCAGCUGAUUCAACUGCAACAUGAAGCUCCUUGCGAAAUUUAUACAGUAAUUUGAAUUUCGCUUCUCUGAAAACUUCAAAAGUACACGCGUAUAUUAAACCUAAAAAGAAACAUUUAUUUAAACAAUACAACACGAUGCCACCAAGUCUUAAUUCCGACAGCAGCGAUUUAGAAAAUGUGCUGUCCUUACAGUUACAAACGUCCAUAAUGAAACGUCGCCGCAAUAGCACAGGGCCAAAAUACUAUUGCAGCAUUGAGGGCUGUCAAGAGAGCUUUAAGAGACUAGACCAUUUGGACAGGCAUGAAUACAAGCAUACCGGAAUUAAAAAGCACGCCUGUCAUUAUGAUGAAUGUCAGAAGUCAUAUUCCAUUGUUACCCAUCUUAAAAGGCAUAUUCGCAAUACGCAUGAACGCUUAAAUAAAGAACCAUUGAAGAAUGUACUUUGCGAGGUAGAUACCUGCAAAAAAUUAUUUACCAGCCUUACUAAUAUGCGGCGUCACAUACGUGAAGUUCAUGAAAAUCCAAAAGUCUAUCAAUGCUUGUACUGUAAGGAAAAGUUUAGGCAAAAAUUGAAAAUGCGGCGACAUGAAAUUAGCAAGCAUACUGGCGUCUAUCCUUAUAAUUGCGAUAAAUGUUCGAAGGGUUUCUAUCAACAAUGGCAGUGGGCAAAACAUGAAAAAUUUUGCAAAAUUUAUCCCUGUCCGACAUGUGAUGUGCAAUUUGAUAAAUGGUCUUCGUAUUUGAAGCAUUGCAAAGAGAAACAACAUGGGCGAACACAUUACAAAUGCGAAUAUUGCGUACAAAUGUAUGCAAAACCAGGAGAGUUACAAGCACAUGUAGCCUCCAAGCAUUUGCUGGCGGAUAGUUUAAAUAAAGUAGGUGGAAAUUUUAAAUGCCCUUACGGGGGUUGUGAACGUUCUUAUAGCUACGAAAGAAAUCUGAGACAACAUAUACUAACUGCUCAUGAAGGCAAACGUUUUGAGUGCUCGGAGUGUAAAAAAAUUUUUAGUUCGAUUCAAAAUUUAAAAAAACAUUCAGCGAGGGGUCAUGUCGAAAGGAAAAUCAUGAAAAUAUCCGUCAAAUCCAAACGUCGUAAAGAUGCUGGUUUGGCUAAAGUCGCUAACUUAACAAAGCUCUCAGGCUUAGUGGUGAGUAAGGAACUCAAUGAGCAACUACGUAACAGGGAAGUUGCAGCCAUAGAAAUGGUAGCGACAACACUCUCACAAGAAGUAACAAAUGCUAAAGAACUAAGCCAAGAUGUGAACGGAAACCAAUAAAUCUUUAGUGGCUAUCUAUAAAUCGUGAUAUUUUUUUAAAAUAAAAUUCUCCUUCACUCAUUUUAAAUUGA